AUGCAGAGAGUGUCCUUACCAUUACAUCCAGAGCUCAAGUCUCCUUCUGACGAGCACUUCACACCGGACCCUCACAGCGACAAAUCAUCUUCCCGCUGGUUGGCCAGUGACGUCUUGCCCUCAGAAUGGGAUAUACUCCUCUUUUCAACGUCAUUAAAGCUUUUGUUGUUCCCCGCCUAUAGGUCCACAGAUUUUGAAGUACAUCGAAAUUGGCUGGCCAUCACACACUCCUUGCCGCUUUCAAAAUGGUACUAUGACACAACCUCAGAAUGGACGCUAGAUUACCCUCCGUUCUUCGCCUACUUCGAGAAGAUACUCUCCAUACCUGCCUCCUUUAUCGAUACCCGCAUAGUGGACCUAGACAAUCUUGGUUACAGCGCAUGGUCGGUCAUCGUAUACCAAAGAACGACUGUCAUUUUGACGGAAUUGGUGAUGGGGGUUGUCCUUUUGAGAUUCGUCCGCAGUGCCAUUGACCCCAGCACUCAACGUAUCAUCUCCGCAUCAUUAUUCCUUCAUCCAGGAUUUCUCAUUAUAGAUCACAUCCACUUUCAAUACAAUGGGUUCUUGUUCGGAAUCUUACUCGCUUCUAUUCUCAUGGCCCGUGAUGGCCAUAAAUUAACAAGUGGCUUCUUCUUUGCUGUCCUCCUCAAUUUCAAGCACAUCUAUAUGUACCUCGCACCCGCAUACUUUGUCUACUUGUUGCGGACAUUUUGUAUGUCACAGCAAGGACGAAUCAUCCCUACACGAUUCCUUUCCCUCGCAAAUACAGUUAUACUUGUCUUCGUUGCUUCUCUGGGCCCGUUCUUGAUCAUGGGCCAGCUUCCGCAGCUAUUGUCUAGGCUCUUCCCUUUCACUCGAGGCCUGAAUCAUGCAUACUGGGCGCCCAAUGCGUGGGCUUUAUUAACUGCAGCCGACCGAGUUCUCUUGCAGUAUGCAAUUCGAUUCGGAGAUCAUGUAACGGUCAAUACUUCGGGUAUUGCCUCAACAUCAAGAGGUUUAGUCGGAGACACAGUGUUUGCUGUACUGCCCAACGUCAAACCAAUCCAUACCUUCAUAACUACCGUGGCUUUUCAAUCAAUUUUCCUGAUCAAACUUUGGCGUACACCGACGUACAAAUCAUUUCUGACGGCACUCACGCUCUGUGGCUACACGUCGUUCAUGUUUGGCUGGCAUGUGCACGAGAAGGCCAUUUUACUGGUUCUCGUACCAUUAAGUUUGCUAGCUACAGAGAACCAUUAUUUCUUCCGGACGUUUGUCAUUGCUAGUGUGGCUGGUAUAUUUUCACUCUUUCCCUUAAUCUUCACACCUGCAGAGCAAGCUCUAGAGAUCGUGUAUUCGGUUCUGUGGGCCAUCGCGACCUUCAUUCCUCUGCACAGACGCAUCUACGAAUUUCCUCGAUCAAUGACGGCGGUGAUCAUCAACACUCUCGAGGUGAUAUAUCUGGCGGGUUUCCCGAUCUUGCAAACGUUUGUUCUACUGUUUCCUCUUGCGACGCGAAAACCGUCGGGAUCGCAUGAGGGCGUGGACGGGGGGAAGACACUAGAGUUCCUACCAUUGAUGGUGACAAGUAUCUACUGCGCUAUAGGCCUCGUCUGGGCAUAUAUCCGGCUUUCUGCACUGUAUCUUACCCAAAAAUGA